UUUUUGCAGCUGCAGUACAAAACAAUAUUCGCAGCCAGUAAAUUUCCACAUAGUUUACUAAAUCGAAGGAAAACUAGUGAAAAUAAGAAAUAUAAUUUUCCUAAAAGGUGUAGAUCGCGCGGCAGACAAGUGAGUGAAGUGCUUGCUUAUCAAACGACAAGCCAACCGUGUUAGCGCUAUAAACAAAUAGCCCCGCUCCCCACCCAAAGUACAACCCAAAUGCCAGUUAAAAAUGGCGAAUCGGAUGCGGAGGGCGACGUCUCUGGUGCGGAGUCGGAGCGCUCCAACUCCAGCCAGGCACACGACACCUCCGACGAGGAGGAGGAGGAGGCAAACGAAUGCGAUUCCGAUGAUUCCUCCGAAAUGGAUGCCAGCGAAAUUGAGCUGCGCCGCGCCGAACACAUAGAGGAUCUGGCCAGCCUCGAGCGGCAAUUUAGCCAACUGCGCGAACAAUAUUAUUACGAACGCAUCAGCCUCAUUGAACAGCAGCUGUCAGAUGUGCGUUCCGGCCGAUCCGAGGAGUUUGUGCAGCCGCAAAAGGAGCUCGACAAAGUGUAUCGGACGCGCAUUGAGGUCGCCGAUGUGCUGCGCAAGUUCCGCCUGCAGAAUAUCGAACACAAAUAUCUGUCCGAGGAGCAGGCAGCAUCCCAGCACUUUGAGAGCGAGAAACAAAUGGCAGCUGAUAAUUUGCGCGAGGAUCUUAUGGAGCGCAUACGACGUCUCGAAGAGGACCGACACAAUGUGGACAUCUCCUGGGAUGAUUGGGGCAAUGACAAGCGGCAGAGCAAAGUACGUGGACCUGGACGCAAAAAGGCCGUCACCGUCACCGGCCCCUACGUUGUAUAUAUGCUGCGCGAGGAGGAUAUUAUGGAGGACUGGACGAUUAUACGCAAGGCGCUGAAACGUUCCUCCACGGCGGCCGUGACGGCAACGGCGGGCGGUGCCCCAACAACGCCGGUCGGCGUUAGUGGCCUGGUGGGCGUGCCGCUAACGCCCACAGCCAUGGCGGGCGCCAAUGGAUAACGGUGGCGUGCCGCUGCCUAUGCCCAUGCCCGUGCCCGUGCUCGAGCACGUGCACGCAACAAGGAGCUUACCUGAUGGCAGCGUAAGGUAGCGAAUGCUCUCAUACCCAGACCCAAACCGCGUUACUCCUGUUACUCGAUGCCCCCAUUAUGAUGAUGAUGAUGAUGUUGAUGUUGAUGUUGAUUAUGAUUGUAAUAAUCACACGCUCGAUUAUUGUUUCGAGCCAUUAUGCUUCUACACUCUUAUUGUCUAGUAUAUAAACAACAACAACAGAAUGUCAAUCCCCCAGAGAAGCCCCAAGCAAAUACAAUCCCAUACAACUAAUCUUAAGUCAAAAUUGUAGUAUAAAUUUACACAAACAUAUAUGCAUAUAUGUAUGUCUGCAUGCAUGCAUAUGUAUUUCUAUACGCGCAUAACUUUGUAUAUAUAGCUGUAUAGAGCGCUAAUAUCCUAUCCCCCGCCCAUCCCUGCAGCGUCUCUAUCCAUACUGUGUAAUAAAGUCACGCAUUCAGUUCCCGCAGCAUAUAAUCUAUUAUAUGCAAUAAUGAUAUAUAUAUUUAGACAUAUAUAUAGAUAUAUACAUAUACAUAUACAUAUAAGUGUAGCGUAUAAAGCCAC